AUGGCCGCUUCUCGCACCUCUUACUCCCUCAACAGCCGCAACGCCUUCUCCCUCCUACGAGAUCUGUACGCCCGUGCACCAGCCAGUGUCGCGACCCUGGGCUCGAUCUUAGCAAGCUGGCUCCUCAGCAAAGCCUGGGAGGAUUAUAUCCUUUACUACUCGCUCGGGCCAGGGGGCUUCCUCCCACAUUCCUUCUUCGGCUGGCUGAUACACAAUCUCAUUCUCUGGCCUAUCUCCCUGCCUCGAUCCGCAACCACUGGGACGAGCUUCUUGCCUCCAGCUGACCUGGGAAGGGGCCACGAGCCGAAUCUACUAGGAGAGGGAAAGCUGCCUGUACGAAGGGGAGGGAGAAGACCGAGAAUCAAGGGUGUGGUGCCGCAUAGAUGUUUGGAAGGCGGUAAUAAUGAGACGCGACAGCUCAUUCUCACCCACCUACAUCAUCUCAGCAAUCUGCACCCUACGAUCCUCACGUUGGGCUCCUCAAAAUUGGAGCGCUCCCCGCCUUCCCACCUCAACGCCCUAUUCCACCACCCCUCAGCCAACAACAGCGCCCCUUCCCCGCUGGCAACGCAUUACCUAUCCCUUUUGCCCAGCAGAGAAAUCUGCCACGUCCACGACGCAGAGGAGAGCGUGGAUGAGGGAAGUUUGCAUUGCCUCCUCUCGCCCGCUGAUGCGCACGAGGUGAUCAAGGCAGGUUGGGGGGAGCUGCAUCCGCUGGCUGGCUUUGGGAAGAAGGGUUUCUGGUGGCCACCGACAGUGCUGCUCGAUCUAGCUAGGCUUCCGAUUGUGGGAACCUUGUUCAGUGGCGAAGCUCAGGCGAGGAGGUGGGGUCGUGCAUACCCUCCUGUGCUGACGAAUAGGGGUGGUGGGUCGAGAGGGCUGCAAAAGUUGCCGCCUACGUACUUGAUGAUCUACCCUGCGAGGGACGGGGCGGAGGUUGACGCGGUCAAGCAGAUCGUCGAGGCCAGCGUGGGCUUCGCGACAGGCUUUGCGUGCGGGACCGUCGCAAGAGGGGGAGAGGGCGAGUGA